GGAAGGCGGAGCGGCUGCGGCCGGGCGGCCCGGGCGGGAGGCGGCGGGGCGAUGUCGGCCAGUGCCGUCUACGUGCUGGACCUGAAGGGCAAGGUUCUCAUCUGCAGGAACUACAGGGGAGAUGUGGACAUGUCAGAGGUGGAGCAUUUUAUGCCAAUCCUUAUGGAAAAGGAAGAAGAGGGGACACUGUCUCCCAUCCUGGCCCACGGAGGAGUUCGGUUUAUGUGGAUUAAACAUAACAACCUGUAUCUUGUUGCAACCUCAAAGAAAAAUGCCUGUGUGUCCCUGGUGUUUUCCUUUCUGUAUAAAGUAGUUCAAGUUUUUUCAGAGUAUUUCAAGGAGCUGGAAGAGGAGAGCAUUAGGGAUAAUUUUGUUAUUAUUUAUGAGUUGUUAGAUGAGCUUAUGGACUUUGGUUAUCCACAAACCACUGAUAGUAAAAUCUUACAAGAGUACAUCACUCAGGAAGGGCACAAACUUGAAACUGGAGCUCCACGUCCACCUGCCACUGUUACAAAUGCUGUCUCGUGGAGGUCAGAAGGGAUUAAGUACAGGAAAAAUGAAGUGUUCCUGGAUGUUAUAGAGUCUGUUAACCUUUUGGUCAGUGCCAACGGGAACGUGCUACGCAGCGAGAUCGUGGGCUCCAUUAAGAUGCGGGUGUUCCUGUCCGGGAUGCCCGAGCUGCGCCUCGGCCUCAACGACAAAGUGCUGUUUGAUAACACAGGCCGUGGCAAAAGCAAAUCUGUGGAGCUGGAAGAUGUGAAGUUCCACCAGUGUGUUCGUCUGUCCCGCUUCGAGAACGACAGAACCAUCUCAUUCAUCCCCCCUGACGGAGAGUUUGAGCUCAUGUCCUAUCGUCUCAAUACCCAUGUAAAACCACUGAUCUGGAUUGAGUCUGUGAUUGAGAAACACUCCCACAGCCGCAUCGAGUACAUGAUCAAGGCAAAAAGUCAAUUUAAGAGAAGAUCAACUGCCAACAACGUGGAGAUUCACAUCCCAGUUCCCAACGAUGCAGACUCACCCAAGUUCAAAACCACUGUUGGGAGUGUCAAGUGGGUUCCAGAGAACAGUGAGAUUGUCUGGUCCAUUAAGUCUUUUCCAGGUGGCAAAGAAUACCUGAUGAGAGCUCACUUUGGACUUCCAAGUGUUGAAGCUGAAGAUAAGGAAGGAAAACCUCCCAUUAGUGUGAAGUUUGAGAUUCCAUAUUUCACCACCUCAGGAAUCCAGGUUCGUUACUUGAAGAUAAUUGAGAAGAGUGGUUACCAGGCUCUGCCCUGGGUCCGGUACAUCACCCAGAAUGGGGACUACCAGCUUCGAACGCAGUAAAACCCCUCCCAGGCACCACAGACCACGAAACUUCAGGCCUAGAAUUUGUUUGCAGGAGCUUCUGUGGUACUGAGAGCUCUGAAUGUCAUUGCCAAGGGUCCUGUUUCUGCAAUCUUGGAUUGGCAGGAGAAAGAAUGGGAAAAAAAUGUACUGUUUUCAAUAAGGUGUUUGAACAUUGGAACCAUUAGUAUUGAUUGUGUGAAUAUUUAUUUCAUCCCUAGGACAUGCUGAUCUUGCUGCUAAAUGCUCAUGACAGUAGAGUAGCAUUUACCUUGAGGAGCCAGGAGUACAGAAUGAACCUUGAGAAUGUCUUGUCAAUGCCUUGUCUGUUUCCAUUCACAACGUUUCUGGUGUUUUAGGAGCUCUGGAGACGUUGGCAGAGUUAAUGCUACGAGUUAGGGAGAUGAUUGUGCAAUGAAAGGCCUGCUGAACGCUUAGCUCUAGUUAGCCCAAGGUAUUUAUUGUCUUUAUUUUCUGGGCAUAUGGGUGCCUUAACUCAUUCAAAGCUCUGUUAACUUAUAAACACUCACAGAAGAUGAGUUAAAACCAUCUUGGGGUCCAAAAACACCGUUUGCUCUUCUUUGCUUGGUUUCAGACUGAUGAAUCUGACAGAAUCACUUCAAGUGAAGGGGUUGCAAACCAAACCAAAUGGGGGGGUUGUUAGAGACUGAGAACAAGAGAUGCCAGAAGGAAAUGUCUGUGGGGAACAUCUCUGUGGAUUUAUGAUGGGUGCUGGCACAGUUCAGCUGCAAUGCAGACUGAAGAGAUUCACCCCUGGGACAGUCCUAGGGCAUGGGAACCCUCUGCCAAUCCACUAGGAUUUGCCUUUUCGAGAUCUCUGCUCAUAAAACAAGUUCAAAACACUUGAGAUGGAGGCACAAGGCCCAAGAUUAGUUACUUCUAAAAAGAACAAAACCAUUUAGUAGGAAAAUUGAGGGGUUUGUUAUUAUUGUGCCAGAUAAUAGUGAUAAACUCCACAAACUCCAGCUUCUUCCUGAAGGUUGAUUCUUGUUUGUGAAGAGGCUGAUAAAAACGCAGUUGCCAUCUUUCUUGCAGCUUGCCUCCCUCUGAAUUUAGGGCAAACAUUUCCCUUUUUUGCUACAGACUGUAGAAGUGUUUAGCCUGGUUUUUUUUGCCCUGGGGGAUGGGGGGAAUGCUUGCUUUCUCAUUCCUUCCAUUUGUAAGCAGCUCUUGUUAGUUCAGCUUCAAGGUGCUGUGUUUUGUUACAUGCCAUUCCAUUGUUUUUCCUGGGAAGCUCAAGGCUGGCAUGGAUGUACAUAGCUAUUUUGUUUUCCAGGCACAUUUUGACAGCCAUCAGUAUUUUCUCUAAGCAGCUUUUAGAAUGUUGUGGUUUGAAUUUAGUGCUUCUGGCAGAUACUAAACUUAAACCAGUGAGAUCUAAACAGAUGUGUGCAGCUGUGACGGUGCCCAAGCUUCUCCACACCACUCUGGGACAGCCCCUCACUCUCCCUUGAGCCUCAGAGGAGGUUUGUCAUUGUCCUCACUAAAUCCUUGUAGACCAUAUUUGUAGAUGCACCUGGUAUUACAGCACUGGUAGCUCAACAAUCAACUCAUUCCCCCCAAGAUGCAGCUUCUGACGUGCUCUGCAGGUGGCUGGGCAGUACCCAGGCAGCAGCUUGGGCAGUGGUAGGUGUGGACAUGAAUAUUCUGGGGUAAAGUUACUGUAUUUGUCACCCAAACAAGCUUGGUGUUGCAAUGAAGUCAUCUUGUUCAGGAUUUAGGUCCCACUGCUCCUUUUUCCCUCAAACACUUCAUGACUGGACUAAACAUUUUUAUAUUAAAGCUGUAACUGGCUGACAAAUCCCCUUCUGCUGCUGACUCUGUUCUUCUACGUGGUUGCUUUAACUAUUUGCCUGUAAGAUGUGACUUAGUAUCUUUGCUUCCCUGCUGAAGGUUGUAUCUUGCUGACCAAAACCAGCGCUUUCUCCUAUUUUGUCCCAACUUGACUCUGUUCUGAUGCUGAGGCAUCAGCCAUUCUUGUCCAGGAGGAAAUAAAGGGCAAAAAGUCCUCUCUGCA